AUGGGCCAACAGGGAGGUGUUGAGCCGGAGCGAGAGGUAAGGGAGAGGGGAACACGCCAAGAUUCAGAGUGUGGGGUGAAGGAAGCGGUCGGGGGAGGGGGAAGGCGGAAAGGAGGGGAGGGGAGGGGAAAGGAUAAGGGGAGAGAGGGACGCGCAGGAAGCAUAGGGGGGAAGGCGAGAGAGUUGGAGGUGCAGGAGAGAGUUUUGGACUCGCCUCGGCCGCACAACACGCUCUCACAAGUUUCCGAUAUGUCUCACAAGGUUGCUCACUCACCUCGCGUGCAAAACACGCGCUCACACGUUGCAGAUUUGUCUCACAAGGUUGCUCACUCGCCUGGAAGGGAAGGGACCGCACAAGGCACGCCUCGUAGGAAGGGAGUCGCGGGGGAAACUCCACUUGGCCCGGGAACGGAGGGGGGUGGGGGGACGAAGGUGAGAGUGGGGUUGGAAGAGCGGAGGGAGCAGGAAGGGAUGGAGGCGACGGGGAGGAAGGAUAGGGAGUGCAAGAGCAGGAAAGGGGUGUCUAGAGGAGGAAGGAAUGCUUCCCCGCUCGCUUCUCCUGCUGCAGCAGCGGUGACUAAAGCAGGAGUGAGUAAGGGGGGAGUGACUAAAGGCGGAGUGACCAAAGCGAAAGUGACCAAAUCAGGAGCCACUGCGGCUGGUACUGCCAGUCGUUUAAGUCAAUCCCCCCUUGUGACCAGCGACGGCCUUUCAACAGGAAACAGCACCACCAUGCACCCACGUGCCGCUAAUCCCCACAUCCAAGCCCUCUCGCAUCCCCAUUCCCCAUCACGGAACGUCAGCAGCAGCAGGAGCAGGAGCGGGAGGGGAGGGAGGGGCGGGAGCAAGGCAGAGGGUGAACGGCGUGUGAAGACAGCGAGCAGCGGCAGCAGCAGCAGCAAAAGAGCAGGCAGUCAGAAGCAAAGGCGCGGCGCAACAUCCUUCUCUGCCUCCACUGCUAGUGCCGCAACAGCAGCUGCUGAUGCUGCUCCUGCUGCUGCCACUGCUGCUGGUGUGGGCAGGGAAUCUGGGGUUGGGAGCAUGGGUCGAACGAACCAGGUGCAUGCGGAAGAGAAUGAGAAAGAAGGGAUGGACUGGAUAGAGGCCCCUUGGGGAGGAGGCCGGUGGGAUGCUGCUGCUGCUGCUGCUGCUGCUGCUGGUGAUUAUGCCGCUGCUGAGGAUUAUUAUGCUGCUCCUGGUGCUUCUCCUGGUGCUGCUGCUGCUGCUGCUGCUGCUGCUGCUGCUGAUGAGGAUGCAUUCAGUGAUGUGUUUGAUGAUGGCGUGGUGGAGAAAGGCCGUGUGGUGGUGCGAGGUGAUGCGGACGUGCUCAUUCUGGACUCAUGCAGUGAAUGGGGCGACGGGGAUGGGGACAGGGAUGGGUAUGGGGCUGGGUAUGGGGCUAUUGGGUAUGGGGAUGGGUAUGGACAUGGGAAUGGGGUUGUGGGAUGGACUGUUGGGCCGGUACAAGAGGAGUCACCUUCCUGUGUGGUAGCUCCAGGCAUUGCCGACGUGCUCCUUGUAGACUGCUGCGGUGACGGGGAGGAUUGCAGUGAGGGAAGGGGAAGGGGUCGCAGCAGCACGGGAGGAGUUUGUGGAGAUUGGGAGCGCUCCGGUGCGGUGAGCAGCGGUCGGGAUGGUUGCGACGAUGGCGGCAGGGAGGAGGAGGAGGAGGAGGAGGAAGGGGGGUUGGGAGGAGGGGUGGCGCGGGGGAAGGGGAAUGGGAUGUGCAUGGAGGUAGGUAUGGAGGCAGGUAUGGAGGCAGGUAUGGAGGCAGGUAUGGGGGCAGGUACAGACCAAGGCACGGAAGCAGACUGGGAGGAACACAGGGACACAUGCUGGGAUGCAGGGAUUCAUGGAGAUGCAGUGUUAGAGGGUGGGAAUGUGAGGACCCUUGUGGCACGAUAUGGACAGAUAGGAACGCGUGGGGAAGAAGCAGCAACACCACCAGAAGCAGCAGCAGCACUGGCACCAGCACCAGCAGCAGCAGCAGCAGCAGCAGCAGCAGCAGCAGCAUCACACAAGGCUCUAGCCCAGCGGUGGCAGUCGCUUCGCAUUCAUUCGUCUUCUCUUGCUGCCGCCGCCACAAUUGCUUCAGCAAAGGCCGCAGCGGCGGCAGCAGCAAGAGGAGAAGCAGCAAGACACGAAGACCUAUCAGCAGCGCCUAUCCCAACCACCAAGACAGGUCCUUUCUCCCCAGACGUCUUCUCUCCUGCAUCCUCUGCCAGCUGUCGCGCCGUGGUUGGUGGCAGGAGUGCAUUCGCAGGUGCAGGUGCAAGUGGUGCUGAUUCUUCUUUUUCUGCUGGUGGUGUUGGUGUUGGUGCUGCACGUGGUGGUGGUGAGGCAGGCCGGCACCCAGCAGGACGGUCCCCUCUUGGGCUGCGCCCUGCUGGCUUUGCCUCGUCCAUGCUUGCUGCUCCCAUUGCUGCUGCUAUAGGUGCUGCUGGUGGUGCUGGUGCUGGUGCUGGUGGUGGUGCUGGUGGUGGUGCUGGUGGUGGUGCGGGUGGUGGUGGUGGUGCUAGUGGUGUGCUAGGCAGAGCGAGCAGCACUGGUGUGUCGCCCAACACCAUUUCCCCUCGUUCCCGCCUCGCCUCCUCUUCCUCUUCUGCCAUGUCCCCAGCAACCGUAGUGGCAGCAGCAGCAGCUGCUGCUGCGUUUGAAGCCGCAGCAGCAGGGGGGAGAGGCACGCGGGGUGUGAUGCCUCCCUCGCCUCUUUCGCUCCCGUCUCUCUCGUCCAUCUCCUCCCUUUCCCUCGGAAACAGCCGGGGUUUGACGUGGCGUCAGGGUAUGCCGAGUCUGGUGCUGGAAGAAAUGGAAGAGGAGGAGGAGAAGGAGCAGAGCAAGGAUGGGAGUGCAAAGAAGGCAAAGAAAGGCAAGAAGCGUAAGGAGGAAAAGAAGAAGGCGAAGGAGAAGGAGAAGGAGAAGGGAAAAAAGCCAACGCAGCAGGAGCUUUUAGACUCGAGUUCUGAGUUCCGAAAAAUCCACCACCACCAUCACCACCACCACCACCACAACAACCAGAAGCAGCCGCAGAAGUCACAGCACGAGGAUUUGUCUCCCCGUAGGCUGUUACGCAAAGCGCAGAGCGCUCCACGUGCGGUGAUAGAGGAUGAAGAGGAGGCGGUGAGACUGCUGGCUGAGGGUCAGCUUCCCUGGGUGCACAGCACUCUCGCCUUUGCCCCUCCCUCCGCCCUCCCACCUGCUGAUUACAACCGUUCCUCCGCUUACCCGCACUCCCUUUCGCACCCUCAUGCGAGUCAACCACCAGCAGCAGCAGCAGCAGCAGAAGGUUAUCGAAGCUCCCUUCCGGGUUCGCUGCGUACCAAUAGCAGCAGCAGCAGCAGCAGCAGCAGCAGCAGCAGUUGCAGCAGCAACAGCAGCAGCAGCUGCGACUUUGGUUCUCCUUCUUUUCCAGGCCGCGAACCCGAGAGUGCUGUGGAUUCGGGCCCAAGGGCAGCACGGCAGGAGCAGCGGAUGCAGGAAGGUGGGGAGGGGGAGUCACUGAGUCCUGUGCCAGUCCUGGACCGUCGCCCUCCUCUUUCUCGCACCUGGACCGCCCCCGCCGAGCGAGAUCGAGAGCGAGGAGUAUCAUCAGGAGGUAGAAGCGGUGCAGGUGCGGGAAUCGGCAAAUCCCCCGGUGCUGUUGGUUACAAAGGUGGUGAGUACCGCGGUUACCACGGGAACCGCGGCAAUUCUCUUGGGUGUGGUGGGCUGGAGGUAGCUGUUGGGGACGAUGGUAGGGCAGGGAAGGAAAAGAGGGAGGGGAAAGGGAGGAAGGGGGAUGGGCCUGGGACGGCAGAUGGGAAGAGAGGGGGGAAGAGGGCGGAAGGGAGUGAGGCUGAGAGGAUUGGUGGGGGUAUCGGGGGCGUUGGCAGCAGUGGCGGCGGCGGCAUUGGCGGCGGUGGGGUAGGUGGUUUUCGUGGUGGUGGUGGUGAUGGUGGUGGUAAGGGGAAGGAAAAGGUGAGGGUGUUGCGACGAGGGGUAACUGAGCCAGCAGAGAGGAGUGGUGGGGGAGGGAAGGGGAGAGAGGUGGGGAGGAGGGACGGGACUGGUGAUGGCAGGGAAGCAGUGGGAAUGAGAGCAGCCAGGCCGCUGGCACAUCGGUUGCUCCGAACCCAUAACUUCCCUCUAGCCGCCAAUGCCCCUGCCGUGGCCCUGGAUGGGUUUCCCUCCCCCACGUCCUCCCCGCUUGCCUCCCCUGCCCUUGCUGGCAACUCCGCACUGAACGCGCUGCUCACACCCUCUCGAACAGUAUCCAUGUUUCCUCGGGUGGCCGCUUCUGCUCGCUUGCCUGUUUCUGCUUCUCUGCCCGCCGAACCUCCUGCAACUCUUGCUGCUAGUAUUGCUGCUGCGGCUGCUGCUGCUGCUGCUGCUGCUGAUGAUACUACUGAUACUGGCGCUUCUGUUAUUGUUACUGCUGCUGGCGAGGCUGCAAGGCUCGGAGUACCACCAGGCAGCAGCAGCAGCAGCAGCAUUGCAAGAGGAAAAGGAAAGGACACCACAGGCCAUGAGACAUCGGUGAAGAGCAGUAGUAAGGGUAGGCAACAGCAGCAGGACAAGUCGCGGCAGCUGCGGCGGGGCUAUUCUGACAAGGGUGCAUCAGGCACACACGAGGAGCAGCCCACCCACCUGGUACACGAGACAAUCAACGACCAGCAGCAACAGCAGCAACAGCAGCAACAGCAGCAACAGCAGCAACAGCAGCAGCAGCAGCAGCAGCAGCAGCAGCAGGAACGGCAGUCAGAACAGGUAGAUUCGAUACAGACAAGCCUAGUGCAGGCACGCCUAGGGCAGGCAGAUCUAGAGCAGGCACAACUGGAUCAGUCCCAAGUGACUCAGGCCGACCUGUCCCAGUCACACCUGGAUCCGUCGUCACACCCGGAUACAGCAGAGCAGCAGCAGGUUCCGUUCGAUCCAGACUUGCUGUCGCCUCAAGACUCGGCCCUGCUCUGCUCCUCCACCUCCAUCUCCUCCAUCUCAUCCGUCUCCUCUUUUGACGACGACUUCAGCAUGACCAGCGGCGCGUAUGCAGGCACCCGUGCUGCAGCUGCAGCAGCCAAUGGCAAGGCCAGGAGCGGCUCGGGUAGUGCGGUAGCGGGUGAGCUUGUAGAGGGUACAGAAGCUGCUGCCGGUGCUGCUGCUGCUGCUGGUGGUGGUGGUGGUGGUGGUGGUGCUGCCGGUGCUUCUGCUGCUGCUGCUGCUGCUGCUGCUGCUGCUGCUGCUGCUGCUGCUCCUGCUGCUCCUGCUGCUGCUGGCGCUGCUGGCGCUGUUGUUCACGCUCCAAGGAAGCCGCUACCAGCAACGAUGAACAUCCUGGUGCGGGACAAGCCCGAGGGGGACGUGGUGCGGCGGGUGUGUGCAGCAGGCAAGGGCGCAUCAAUGGUUCUGGAAGAUGAUGGAAUCGAGCUCUCCUUUGCACUGCGGCCAGCACACGAGUUAGGGGUGGAGGCAGCAAGAGCAGCGGCGAUAGAGGCAGCAGCAGCUGCUGCAGUAGCUGCAGCAGACGCAGCAGCAGCAGCAGGAGGAGGAGGAGAGGUUUGGGAUGAAGGAGAGGGAAGCAUCCAGGCAGCGCGACGAGCAGAGCUUCGGGCACGGUUGCGAGUGGAUGUGGCUGGAGAGAGUGGCUGUGGUGUGGGCACUCCAGACCAACAGCAGUUGCAGCAGCAGCACAUUUUAAACGGGCAAUCCGAGCAGUCCCAGCAAAACCUCCAGUUUCAGUUCCAGCAGCAAGAGCAGCAGCAGCAGCUGAGUGGUGAGCGUGGCAUGGCUGUAGUGCUGAUAGGGUCUGCACGAGGGGAGGCAGGGGCAGAUGGGGGUGCUGGGGGGACUGCAGUGGGGGUGUGGCCGGGACAGGUCGUGCCUUGCAGCGCGGGCAGUGGCAGCAGGGGCAGCAGCAUUGGCCGCAGUGUAUCGGAAGGAGAGGUGCACAAGAGCGGCAAGGGAGCAAAGGGAGCAGGCAAGGGGGGAGGCGAAGGGAGGGGAGGAGGGAGAGGAGGUGGAAAAGGGUACGGGGAGGAGGAUGAGGAGGAAGAGGAGGGGGUGGAGUCGCCGCUCGCACAUGGUCGAAUGCUUCGGGCCUUGCAGCAGCCGCGGUCUGCAAGGCAGUCGAUGCUGGAGGGGAUGUUCAACCGCCAGUGGGGCAAAGCCAAGAGCGAAGCAGCCGCGCUCUGCAAGGCAGUCGAUGCUGGAAGGGAUGUUCAACCGCCAGUGGGGCAAAGCUAA